ACGUGUAGAAAUACAUCUUUUCAAAUAUUUACAGCUACCCUUAUUAUUAUAGAACAAUUGUAUUAUAGUAAACGAUUAGUUAAUCAUAAAAUAUAUCAAAAAUGAUAAAUAGAUUAAGUUUCGUCAAAAAAUUAUUCGCUCAAAAUCACGCACUAUUAGGAAUUAGGACUAUGAAAUGUGAUUCAAUUAACUCAGAAACAGUAGAUUUAGCGUAUUCAUCUUAUGAAAGCACAUCAGGUGACAGUAACUCUACUAGACCGCCUUUAGUUAUACUACAUGGGUUGCUUGGCUCGAAAAACAAUUGGAACAGUAUUAGCAAGGCUAUACAUCGAACAACAGGGAGAACAGUGAUCAGCGUAGACGCUCGUAACCAUGGUGACAGUGGACACUCACCUCACCAUACCUAUGAACACAUGGCCCAUGAUGUUAUGAAGUUACUGAAAAAAUUAGAAAUAAAUAGAGUGUCUGUAAUGGGUCACAGCAUGGGUGGUAGGACUGCCAUGGUCAUGGCCCUGCUUUGUCCUGAUCUUAUCUCCACUUUGAUAGUGGUUGACAUUUCGCCUGUAAAAUCAAGCACCCAACUACAUUCAAUGAUGAAAAUAUUUGAUGGUAUGUCUAGAGUGUCCAUAACAUCUGGUAUUCCUAUGUCUAAAGCACGAAAAGUAGCAGAUGAACAGUUAAAGGGAGUGUCACAGGAUGUAAACCUACGAAACUUCUUAAUCACAAAUCUUAUUCAGACUAACAAUGGCUCUUAUACCUGGAGAGUUAAUCUAAAAGCAUUAAAACAGAAUUUCCAAUCUGAAAUAUCAGCUUUUCCUGCAAAUUUGCAAGGUUUACAGUAUAGUGGACCAACCCUUUUUGUAGGAGGAGGUCUAUCAGACUUUAUUGACAAAGAUGAUUUGCCUCUUAUUCAAGAAAUCUUUCCCUUGGCACAACUGAUAUUUGUGGAAGAUGCAGGUCACUGGGUACAUAGCCAUAAACCAGAGAAAUUUCUUCAGAUUGUCACCAAAUUCUUAAUAGAAAAAUAAAAUAUAAAAUAUGUAGAAAAUUGUACAAAAUGUUUAGUUAACUUGUAGUUAGGCUACCUUCACAUUAAGUCGCCAGGAGUGCGGCAGCAGCGCGACUUUUAUACCAAAGAGAAUCGCGCGGCUGUCGCGCUUCUCUUUUUAGUAUCGAAGUCGCGCUGCUGCCGCACUCGCAACCUAAUGUGAAGGCACCCUUAGAGAG